UUUUUUUGUGCAUCCAGUGUAAACGGGAUUGUGCGCGGUUCUGACGCAUUAGCGAACCGGGCUGCGGUAUGUGCGAGACGGUGAUGGCCGUGUCUCAGCUGGACAUCGAGCCUCAUCCACCGGAGAACGGCUUCGUUACCCCCGAGACGAAUAAAUCGCCCGAUUUACUCUCGCGGAUCGACUGCGGCGUUUUGCCGAGCGUGGGCGGCUUCGGGAGAUUUCAGAAACAGCUGAUCGUUUUAACAUGGAUCCCGGCCAUUUUCAUUGGCUUCAGCCAAUUUUCGGACAAUUUUCUCCUGGCUGAGCCAAAGACUUGUGCGCAAGUGCAGCGGAAUAACAGCGAUCCUUCACUCAAUGUUACGCAGGCGAUAUUAAAUAUCAACCUCAAUAAUGCAAGCAACUCCGCUAAUGCGUCAUCACAAUGCAUCUGUACGCAGUCGCGAUGCGAACUGGAAAUCGGACUAGAGCAAAAUGUUGUCACAAAGUGGAACCUAGUGGGUGACUCUGCCUGGAUGGUUCACAUUGCCAAAUUCUCUUUGUUGGUGGGCUCCAUCUUUGGAUACUUGGUGUUGGGAGUUCUGGCAGAUUGGUGUGGACGACACCCGGUCCUGAUCCUGUCCGUCAUCUUCAUGUUAAUUUUCGGCAUGACGGUGGCCUUCUCCGUCAACGUCCCGAUGUUCAGCACCCUGCGCUUCUUUGAGGGCUUUUGCUUAGCAGGAAUCACGCUCUCGCUCUAUGCUCUGAGGAUAGAGCUGUGUCUGCCGGGAUGCCGUUUCUCCAUGACCAUGGUGGCAAACUUCGUGGCAUUAGCGGGGCAGUUGCUCAUGCCGGGACUGGUAGUCCUCUGUCGUGAUUGGCAGGUUCUGCAAGCAGUCGUAAUCUGCCCUCUCUUACUCAUGCUGUCCUAUAUCUGGAUUUUUCCGGAGUCUCUGCGCUGGCUGCUUGCGACGCAGCAGUACAAUCGCUCCAAAUGGAUCAUGGAGCGCGUCGCCAAGAAGAACAACAUCAACCUAGAGGAGGACGCAGAGGAGCUCAUGACAGAGCUAAACCAAGCCCUGCCAAAGCAAGCCAAGAAGACAUGCAUUGUGAAGAUGGUUGGCACAAGGAACCUGUGGAAGAAUAUAGUAGUGCUCUGCGUCAACUCACUGACAGGUUACGGGAUACACCACUGCUUUGCACGCAGCCUGACGGAAGACCAGCCGACCUCCAUCUUCUCUAAUUUCUAUGCCAAAUACUACACCAUGGGGGGCACUGCUGUGGCAUCAUGCGUGGCGCUCUGCCCUGCCGUGGGCGUGAUGGGGCGGCGCGGGGGACUCCUCAUGUUUAUGAUCAUCACAGCCCUGGCCUCUCUCCUUCAGCUCGGCCUGCUAAACUUGGUGGGGAAGUACAGUGUUCACCUGAAUAUUGACGACUCUGGUACGCUGAACUCCAACUUUUCAAUGGCUUUCUCCAUCAUUGGCAUGUUCUCCUCCCACGCUGUCAGCAACCUAAGCAUCUUUUUUUGUGCUGAAAUCACCCCAACUGUGAUUAGGGGUGGCGGUCUAGGCCUCGUCCUGGCCAGUGCUGGUUUUGGCAUGCUGACGGCACCCAUCAUGGAGCUGCAUAACCAGAAAGGCUAUUUUCUGCAUCACAUAAUUUUCGCCUGCUGCACUCUUAUCUGCAUCAUUUGCAUCUUGCUGCUGCCCGAGACUCGCAAUCGACCGCUUCCAGAAACAUUAGCGGACGGUGAAAGCUACACCCGCCAACCGUUACUGCCACCUCGCAAACCGGGCGAGCAACGCCUUUUGCUGACCAAGUCCGAGAGCCGCGAGUACGCGAGGGUAGGCGAUACGCCUCUCCACGAAGCAGCUGCCACUGCUAUUUCCACUAUGGACUCCACAGCCUCAUCCGCCAUCGAUCUUCAGAUGCUCAUUGAUGCCCCCGGCCAGGCAGAGAUAUUCAGUAUGAAGUCAUUGACUUCUACCCAAGAGCCAGAUGAAAUCCAGCAAGAGUAUCCCAGAUCUGCAUCCAUGCCGGGAACCUCUGCCUCAUCCGUAGAGCAUCCUCUCCUUGCCUCUAUCCCAAACACUUCAACCCCAAUCGCUAUCAAUUACAUUCAGACACCUAAACCAGAAUCUCCAGCCGUUCUGCCUUCUUCAACUGUGGAAACUCCUUUGAUCACCGAUCCUUCCCUGGAGUCCCCUACUUCUUCCGAUCUCCAAACUCCUUCGCUUUUAGAUAUAGGUACACCAGCUGCUGAAUUCCCCUUGACUGUUGCUAAUGAUUUCAACAUCCUAACUGAAGUGGGCUCUGCAGGUCCCACCCAAACCUUUCCUCUCUGCACAUCCACUGGACAAUCACCCACUCCGCCUUUAAACAACAUCCCCCCCUCUUCCUCAAUAGACUCUCCCGUUCACCUAGUCACUGAAAUUCUGCCCUCUUCCCCAACAGAACUGUCUUUACCACCAAUAUCGGACCAGUCUGGUCAAGUUAAUGCCAUCCCAGCUCAAUCCUUUUCUUCGCCCAUAGAUCCCGGCAUUCCAUUGUUACAUUUAGUCGCCCAACCUGCGAUUAACUCCAUAGAAUCUGGCCCCCCUUCACCAGCCGUAUUGGAGCCAACGUUAAGUAAUGGUACCACUCUUCUUGCCAAUGUGGGUUCAGCUGCACCCCAUGCCACAACCACUGACUCUGUUACAGAAUCCAGCCACCCACUUAUGACGAACUUGACUGUUUCCUCACCUAUUGACUCAGGUACACCUUCAGACGUUGACUUGCCCAUCACAGAAACCAACACUGCCAAUGGGGAGACGUCUUCAUGACGGACACGUUCGCUCUAUAAGACUUGGUGGGCAGCCUUAUUAUCAAGAAGAAAUUCUUGUCGUGGAGGCUCAUGCCAGUCAUUGUUAGAAGUAUUUUUAUUUUCAAGCAGCCAUGACCCAAGAAUGGCAAUGCAAGGAGAAGGUAUAAAAGGAUUUGACUGAAAGGGAACAACCAUAAGGGUCGAUGCUCAAAGGGUUUUUACUCUCCGUUGGUUUCAAUGACUUAAACAGCCUUCUUAGGGGCCGUUCACACAGAGCGCGUUUUUCUAUUCCAAAGCGCUAUUUUCCAUUGUUUUUCUAUGUAAACACGGUUGACGGAUGUGUAUGACGCGUCUCGCACAUGAUUUUUAGCGUUAUUAUGGUAGGACAGUUAUUAGACAGGAAGCAAAGUGUGGGAGAGAGAGGGGGACGGGAUUGGGAAAGGUCUGUGAGCCAGGAC